UCGCGAAUUCAUCUAAGCCAUUAUAUUGAACUUUGUUAUAUGUUGUUUCUGCGUGCUAACAGUCAGAGUAAACUGGGCAUUUUUACCAUCUAAGGAAUUAUUUAUCUUGUGACAGUGAUAAAAUGGAAUUUAUUUCUAUUUGGUUUCUUUUUCUUGCUUCAUCGUAUGUUUUUCCCCUAGUUACCUAUGCAGAUUUUCAAAGCGAGAGAAAUGAGACCAAGGCAAUGAACGAUACAACAAUUGGACCAGUGACAAGUAAUAUAACGGACGAAGACUAUAACACAACCUUUUCAGGUAAUCUGAAGAACCUUCCCGAUUCUUGGGAGAAUUUUUGUUUUCUUGAUGGUAGUGAAUCCAAGAAUAACACUUUCCAUUAUAAUUGUUAUAUUGACGUUGCUUCUAGUGGGAAAUGGAACUUUACAGAGUUGAGAAAGUACAUUUCGUUGAUUAAUGCAUUCUACAGUUUCAACGUAACAUGUGAACAAUUGAGUAGAAUCUCGCUUCCUGAUAAAGGUAAAUCGAAAAACAUAGUUAAACUUCAUGUGCAUGACUGCAUUCUAACCGACUACUAUGCAGACGACAAAAAUCUUGAGUUGGACACCUUUCCCGAUGUAAUGGAGGAGUAUGUGUUGAUAAAUGUCCAGAUUGAGGUUGGAUAUAAAGCCAUCAAAGAACACGCGUCUCUAAAUCGAAGUAAUUUACCUAACAACCUUGUUUGUGGUGAUGAGGAAACAUUGAAAAUAUUGAUAAAACGUAACCAUCGUUUUAUCUUUGUAAAUGAUAUGCCGAUGGAUUUGAGUAUCUUUGUAAAAUUGGCGACACAGAUGAUUGCAAAUGAUCGACAAUUGACUGUCAAAUGCGUGUUCAAAUCUUUGCGUACACUUGAGGACUCGUAUACGAUAAGAUAUCGAUACUACGCUAAUGCAUUAACGGAACAAAAACUAUAUCCUGUAUUAAAAAUUCUUAAUGUAUCUCAUUCUGAUAUAUAUUAUAUUCCUGAACAAUUCAAAAACUGGUGGAUAUAUUUUGAGGCUUUGGAGUACAUGGAUAUGUCUUACAAUCGCAUUCAAGACAUUCUCUUUCCAAUCAGCCUAAAUGGAGUGUGGGGCAAACCCAUACCGAAUUUGACAUAUGAUCUCACACACAAUGAAGUUAGUCAACUUUCUGUCCGCAUGUUUGAAAGACUUAUUCUAAACGAGAAAAUUUUCGUCAAUAUAACAGAUAAUCCUUUUAACUGCACCUGCACAAAUGAAAUGAAAGAAGUCUUAAAAUAUAUUCAGGAAACGGACUGGAAUUCUGAAAAAUACAAACGUUAUCAGUACUUUAGAGAUUUGCGGUGCCAUCUCCCUGAGAGUGUUCGAGGACGACGUCUGAAAGAUCUCACAUCCAAUGAUAUUAACUGUGAUUUCGAGUUGAUGCCAGUUACUGUGGCUUUGAGUGUUUUGUCAUUUUUCUUAAUCGCAUUUUUUAUUUUUAUUUUAAAAUAUAGGCGGGAAAUUCAAAUUUUGUUUUUCACCCGAUUUAACGUUGUCUUGCCAUGUCAGCCAGUGGAAUUAUGCGAAGAGAAGGAGUUCGACGCUUUUAUCUCCUACAGCAAUGGUGACUAUGAAUGGGUUCAGGACUUAUUCGAAGAAAAUAAAAACGAACGAUUAGCUCAUUUAAAAUUUUGUAUGCACCAUAAAGACUUCAUCCCUGGGAAAACGAUAUUUGAAAACAUCAUAAAAUGCGUUGAAAACAGCAAACACACUGUGAUUAUCCUAUCCCAAAAUUUCCUUAGCAGUCAAUUUUGCAUGUGGGAAUUUCAGGAAGCUUUUCAACAGAGCAUUGUAGAGAGAAAGCGACAUUUGAUUAUCAUUCUUUUGGAGGACAUUCCAGAUAAAGAUCUUCCAAAUGAUCUGAAGAGGUGUAUAAAGACUUUUACAUACAUUAGAAAAGACGAUCACAUUUUCAUAGACAGACUGCUGUAUUCGUUGUCAUAUAAAGGCAAAGGGUCAAGGAGGAUUGCACCCAAAGUUAAGGUGGCACAAGUAAAUCUUGGAUAUAUUUAACAGCAAGACAAUUUCUUGAAGUUGUGAAGAAUAUGCUUCUCAACGAUUUUAAGAAACCAAUUCUUGUGAAUUCCUAGACAUAAUAUAGAGCCUUUUACAUCUUACUCAUAAUGCCUGUGGAAGUUUGUAUCUUCAUUUUUUAAAAUAAAAGGGAUGGGAUUGUGUUAAACGUUUUUGCUAUUGUAGCUUUCUACCUUCAAUCUGCAAAGUGCAUUGUAUAUUACCUUUAAAGAAAAAAGUACAUUUAACAAUUUUUUUUAAAAAGUAUAUUUUAAUUAGGGCUACACAUAUUAUUAAUGUGGGUCAUGAUAAUACAGAACAAGUGCACAGUUUUUCAGUUUGUUAUGCUAUGUAAAAAUAAUCAUUUUUAUUUCUUUAUACUAUGUAAAUUAGUGUUGACUUCAUUUGUGGUUUCUAAUUAUUUCUAAUUUUACUGUGGCCAACACGAAGGGCCGGUUUAGCAUUUAUAUCAGAUGCCAAAAGCAUAUGAUUUUUAUUCUUUUCACUUUUCAUUGGAAACUAAGAAUCUUAAAGAAUUGCUUAAAAGUAACAUCAUAUCGGAGUUCUUUUCUCGACACAAAAGAAGCGUUCGAAAGUUUACUGUAUUAUAACAGCUACCCCUGAUCCAACGUUAACUCCAUUCUAUGUCUAAAAAAUAACUCCUGGCCCGUUCUAAAAAGUAUAUAUUAAUAAAUUUAAAGUUCUCAUGCUCUUUGGGAAAUCUUUUAAAAUAUUUUCUUAUAUUCGGUUCUUUAGAUUAGAUAUUAACUAUCCAAAUUGAGAUUUGUUGGUUUUGAUAGUGGAAAAGAUAUAUAGUAAA